AUGGCUUCCUCGACCAACAGAAAGUACGAGACACGAAACAGAGAUCCGAAUCCUAAAAUCGCCGCACUUCUCGUCGUCGAUAUGCAGAACUACUUCUCCUCCAUGGCCAAACCCAUCCUCGACAACGCUCUCACAACCAUCGAUCUAUGCCGACGCGCUUCUAUCCCCGUGUUCUUCACGCGCCACCUCCACAAAUCCCCUACAGAAAUCGGCAUGCUCGGAGAGUGGUGGAACGGCGAUCUGAUCUUCGACGGAACCGUCGAUUCCGAGAUUAUGCCGGAGAUCGAUCGCCAGGUAAUUAAACCGGACGAGGAAAUCGUGGAGAAGAGCACGUACAGCGCGUUUCAGAACACGCGCCUCCAGGAGAAGCUGGUGGAGAUCGGAGUGGAGGAGGUGAUCGUGAUCGGUGUGAUGACGAAUCUGUGCUGCGAGACGACGGCGCGUGAGGCGUUUGUGAAGGGAUUUCGGGUUUUCUUCUCGACGGACGCGACUGCGACAGUUAAUCAAGAGCUUCACGACGCGACAAUCAUGAAUCUGGCUUAUGGUUUCGCUUAUCUCGUCGAUUGCGAACGACUCGGGCGAGGGCUUUUACGUAAUUAA